GAACGUCAUUUUGCAUACACGUUCAAUGCCGAGACGCACCGCGACACCGAUAAGCUAGGCUUAGCUAGUACUGUCCAGUCUAAGCGCAACCAAAUUCGCCACUCGACAUUUAGCCAUUAGCAGGCUAGCGAGUAUGGUGCCUAUAAAGGCCUGACACCGAGGUGAAGUUUUUCCUAGGAGUCGGUACAAGUCAGCGCUCGUCACUCCACGCCAUGAAGGUGCCACUCGUUUUCGCCUACUAUUGCUCUGGGCAUGGCUACGGUCAUGCGACGCGGGUCUCCGCGUUUGCUCGCCACCUCAUUAACCUCGAAUCUCGGAUGACAAUAUAUAUAAUCUCGUCUGCUCCAAAGCAUGUUUUCAGCGACAGUAUUAGUCUCGGGGUCCUCUAUCGUUUCGCCGAGAUCGACCCAGUCAUUGUGCAGCCCGUGGCAUAUCGAGUCGACCGUUACAAGAGUGUUGAAGUUCUCAAGUCCUUUCUGGCACGCAAAGAAUCUCUUCUGGAGCAAGAGAAGCGUUGGCUCUUCGACAUACAGGCUGACUGUGUCCUUAGCGAUGCUGCCUUCCUUGGAUGCCUUGCCGCAAAUGCCACGGGGUUGCCUUGCAUCCUCAUCACAAAUUUUACAUUCGACUCUGUAUACAGCUACCUUUCAACAACAUUUUCGGAUCAAGUGGAUGCGCCUCUAGGAGAGGAAAUUUUGAUUGAUGACCUCGCUCCGGACUGUCCUAUCUCAGGCGAAGAACUUGAGCCCUUGGUUCAACAAAUAUAUCUCGGUUAUCGUUGCGCGGAUCUUCUUGUUCGACUUCCUGGAUGCAUACCCAUUCCAUCAUUCUCGAUCUCCCCAUCGUUACCAGCGCCGUCAUGGACUGACCAGGACAACAACACAAUCCUAGAUGGCAUCGUAGCUCACCUUGUUCAGAAACCCACUGCAUACAGACUCCAUUCUUCGAUACCCUUUGCCGGCUCCCAUACUGAGAAGCCGUGUGCACGUAGCAUCGUCCAAGCUCCGCUUCUCGUUCGUGGUAUUACCAAGAGUCCGGAUACAGUUUACUCCACUGCUGGUCGAUCCCGAUUUCUUUCGUCGAUUGGUGUUCCUGAGCAUUUACACAAUCCGGAUGAGACAAAGAUUCUAAUUGUAUCAUUUGGUGGACAGGUCUUCCGGACGCCGACCUCCAGCCGCGGGAGCAGCACGGGUCACUCAAGUCCAGGAUGCAGAACACCUCCACACAAUUCUCUUGCAGAAUUACGACAGAUCCCUGAUAGUCCGCGACUGUCAGAGAUCCCUCUUUGCAACGUUCUCAGCGAACUGGACUCGCCAUGCCGCAUUUACAACGCCACUCCUGCCAUACAGCCCGAGCCUAGCCCAGCGUGCGCUAAUAUAUGCGCGAUGUUGACCAAGGCAGAGGAUAACGUCACUCGUUCAUAUUUCGAUACUUUCAUUCCCUCGGUUUCGGACAUAAUGCUUGAUCAUGCCGCAGAUGAUCUUGAUGCACGGCUGUUACCCGACUCAUCUUGGAUCGCAAUUGUAUGCGGAGUAUCAAAGUGGGGGCAAGAUGGGGCAGAUGAACAGCCUCCCGACAGGUUUUUUGUCGCUCCGAAAUACGUCUACAUGCCUGAUCUGACGGCUGUUGCAGAUGUUCUGCUAGGGAAAUUAGGAUAUGGAACAGUCUCGGAAUGCGUCGAUUCUUGCACGCCUUUCGUUUAUAUCUCACGCCCGCUUUUCGUGGAAGAGCAUGGUCUCAAGUUGCUGCUCUCACAAGAAGGAGUUGGUAUCGAACUCUCUCGAGCGGCUUAUGAGGCUGGCGACUGGGCUUCUGCUGUGGAGGAAGCAUGGUUGCUGGGCCAGAAUUCCAAAGCGCAAAUGCGUAGGAACGGUAGGUUAGGCAUCGAUAUGAAUAAGCGAGAUAUAGAGGGCAAGUUACUUGCGGGACGAGUAACGGACUGGGUCAGGGCUUGGCACGAUUCAAUAUCAGAGGGCGGUGUUUGAGAUAUCACGAAGGAUCGUCAGACGUGCCCUUUGUCUGCAUUACAUAUCAUACCAGAAGUAUGUUAUACGUGCCGCGGACCCUAACC